CAUGCAAUUCUCGCUCAGGUCACAUCCGUUCUGCGCCUUCUUUUCAAGAAGAAGAAGAAGAAGAAGAAGGAGGAGAUAACCCCUAAACCUAGCCCUAUAUUUUCUCUCGUUUUCUCUCCCUGAUUUUUAUUUUUUUUUGGCUCUUUCAAGGAAAAUCCCAUUCCCAUCCAAAAACAAUAUUUCCUAGUUUUGUGUUUUUUGUGAACCAGAUCUGCAUGGUGUGGGUUGUUUUUGGGGCCGAAGCGUUGCGUUCCUAGAAACGUAGAUUUCGUUCUGGUUAAACUGGUUUUGACUAACUUCUCCUGAAGGGUCGGUGUGGGGAUUUCGGGGUUGAUUUGGGUAAAGAGAGGGUGUUGGUGUGGUUGUAUUAGGGCCUUUUACUGCUUCUUUUGAGGGGGUAGCCGGGGCUCCGGCCUCGGCGGGUUCUAAAGCCCCCACCUUUACAAAAUUGAGGGACUAAAGAGCUUACAGUUUUUUUUUUCAUCAUCUUCUCAUCUUCUCUUUUCAUUUUUUUUUCCCCAUAACCAAAUUUUAUCCGUCGCAGAGAAGAGGAUGCCGGCCCUGGUGUGCGGCGUAGAUUCUGCCGUUCCUCCUGGCUACGUCUUUGCCGGGGAUAGCUCCCUUCCUGCAGUCGUUUCCCCUCCGGCGCCCACCACCACCAACCUUCCGACCGCCGCCGCCGCCGCCACUGCGGCCGCCGGUGACCAUACCAGUCAGUCCCGUUGGUCCCCCGCGCUAUCUGCGGCGCUCUACAAGAUCGAUGGUUGGGGCGCGCCGUAUUUCUCUGUCAAUACCUCCGGCAAUAUCUCCGUUCGCCCACAUGGUGCGGAAACUCUGCCGCACCAGGAGAUUGACCUGCUCAAGAUUGUGAAGAAAGUUUCGGAUCCGAAAUCGGUGGGCGGGCUAGGGUUGCAGCUCCCGCUUAUCGUGCGACUGCCCGACGUGCUCAAGAACCGGCUCGAGUCCCUGCAGUCGGCUUUCGACUACGCGAUUCAAUCUCAAGGGUACGAGGCUCAUUAUCAAGGUGUUUAUCCUGUGAAAUGCAAUCAGGACCGGUUCGUUGUGGAGGAUAUCGUGAGGUUUGGGACCCCAUUCCGGUUUGGGUUGGAGGCCGGGUCAAAGCCCGAGCUCCUCCUUGCUAUGAGCUGCUUGUGCAAAGGUAGCCCAGAUGCUCUUCUUGUGUGUAAUGGGUUCAAAGAUGCAGAGUAUAUUUCGCUGGCUCUAUUUGCGAGGAAGCUGUCGUUGAACACAGUGAUUGUGCUUGAGCAAGAGGAAGAGAUCGAUUUGGUGAUUGAUUUGAGCACUAAGCUGUCGGUGAAACCAGUUAUCGGUGUCCGAGCCAAACUGAGGACCAAGCACUCGGGUCAUUUCGGUUCUACUUCCGGCGAGAAAGGGAAGUUCGGGUUGACCACGACCCAGAUUCUUCGGGUCGUGGGGAAGCUAAAGCAAGCAGGGAUGCUUGAUUGCUUGCAACUUCUGCAUUUUCAUAUCGGAUCUCAGAUCCCAUCCACAACCCUGCUUGCGGAUGGUGUUGGUGAGGCCUCCCAGAUAUACUGCGAGUUAACCCGUCUCGGUGCUCGCAUGCAAGUCGUUGACAUUGGUGGAGGUCUGGGUAUCGAUUAUGAUGGAUCGAAAUCGGCUGAGUCUGAUGUCUCUGUUGCUUAUAGUCUUGAGGAGUACGCCGCGGCUGUUGUUCGCACGGUUGCAGGUGUUUGUGACCGGAAAUCUGUGAAGCAUCCAGUGAUUUGCAGCGAAAGUGGACGAGCAAUUGUUUCCCAUCACUCAGUUUUAAUAUUUGAGGCCAUGUCAGUGAGCGUGCCUAGCGCGCCCGCAAUGAAUACUUUUCUCAUGCAGUGUUUCUUUGACCGUUUUAAAGAUGAUGCUCGUGCAGCCUACCUGAAUCUGGCCACUGCAGACGCGCGCGGUGAUUAUGAUACUUGCUGGUUCUAUGCUGAUAAACUAAAGGAGAGAUGCCUUGAAGACUUCAAGGAAGGUACUAUAUGCAUUGAGCAAUUGGCUGCAGUUGAUGGGUUUUGUGAGUUGGUUUCUGAGUUGAUAGGUGCUCCUGAUCCAGUUCGUACCUAUCACGUUAAUCUAUCGGUUUUCACUUCGAUUCCUGAUUUCUGGGGCAUUGGCCAGCUUUUCCCGAUUGUCCCUAUUCAUCGGCUAGAUCAAAGGCCGGGAGUGAGAGGGGUUUUAUCUGAUUUAACUUGUGAUAGUGAUGGUAAGAUUGAGAAGUUCAUUGGUGGUGAGUCCAGUUUGCCUUUACAUGAGCUGGAGGGCUGUGGCGGCAGUGGUGGUGAUGGUGGGCGGUACCUUUUGGGGAUGUUCUUGGGUGGGGCUUAUGAGGAGGCCCUCGGUGGAGUCCACAACCUGUUUGGAGGCCCGAGCGUUGUCCAGGUUUUGCAAAGUGAUGGCCCACAUAGCUUUGCUGUGACCCGUGCCAUGCCGGGGCCGACCUGUGCGGACGUCCUCCGGGUGAUGCAGCACGAGCCCGAGCUCAUGUUCGAGACCCUCAAGCACCGUGCUCUGGAGUAUACUGGACAGAACAAUCAUGACAAUGGUGAUGGCAUUAACGAAGAUGGUCAUGGCAUCGCUAGUACCAUUGCUCGUUCCUUCCACAACAUGCCCUAUCUGUUUUCAUUGUCUUGUUCAUUGACUGCAAUCAAUAACAGUGGUUUUUACUACUGCAAUGAGGAUGACUAUAAUGCUGCUGUGAUUGAGUCUGGAGCUGGGGAGGAUGAGCAGUGGUCUUAUUGCUGUGCUUGAGUAAAUCUCAGGUCUUUGCAGCAUAUGCCAUUUUCCAUUGCAUUGUUAAGAAUGGUUUGUCUGUCCUUUGAGGUUGUCUUUGUUACUUACAAUUUUAGUUUAAUUUUAGUAUAUCAUUGUCGGCUUCAUUUUUUGUUUGAAUGUUGGUGAAGCGAAAGAUGUAAGCCGGGCAGGGUCUUCUGCAUAAGCAAGGCAGGGUCUUUUGCAUUUGUUGCAAUUGAGGGGAUGUUGUGAACCGAAUCCACCCUUUUGUAAAUUCGGGAUCUUAUUCCCUCUGUUUCUAUGUUCUUAUUUAGAAGACUUCCCAGAGUUUUUUGUGUUUUUA